AGGUGGGCGGAGCGUCGGCAGACACGACUUUUAAAAAGACACGGAGCAGGAACAGGAGGGAAGUGUUGGUGGAGUUGGUGAAGAUGUGAAAGUUUCUGCGGUCAGAAGAAGCUGUUUAACAGCUUUACCUCUCAAACUAGUGAAGAUGAGUGAUUUGGAGGAAGAGGCGGACAGGUCAGUCUCCAGCCGUCUGUCUAUGAAGAGUGACUGGUCCAAAGACAGACUUCUAGUCUUCAGUGAUGAACCUGGACCCUCAGACUCAGAAGAGAAGAGUGAUGUUUCUGUGGAGGAGCAGCUGUCCUGCUGUUCUUUGUGUCAGGACGUCCUGAAGGAUCCAGUCUCUACCAGCUGUGGACAUUGGUUCUGCAGACGGUGCAUCACCUCAUAUUGGGACCAGUCUGGUUCAUCAGGAGACUCCUCCUGCCCCCAGUGUGGACAAAGAUCCAGAACAAGACCUGGACUGCAGACAGCCAGUCAGACCAGCACUAUACAAGCAGAUAGUGGUCUGCAGGAGGUUUUAGAUGAACAUAAGAUCAGUCUGAGGAGGAGAUGUGAACGUGUGACUGAAGGAACUGAUGGAACAGGAAGUAGAACCCUCCUCAACAGGAUCUACACUGAGCUCUACAUCACAGAGGGACAGAGUGAAGAGGUUAAUACCCAACAUGAGGUGAGGCAGCUGGAGACAGCUUCCAAGAUGGAGACCCUCCAUGACACUCCAAUCAGGUGCCAGGACAUCUUUAAAGCCUUACCUGACCAACAGAGACACAUCAGAGUGGUUCUGACCAACGGCGUCGCUGGUGUUGGAAAAACCUUCUCAGUGCAGAAGUUCACUCUGGACUGGGCAGAGGGCUUGGAAAACCAAGAUGUCAGUCUGCUGGUUCUGCUUUCGUUCAGGGAGCUAAACCUGAUCAGAGAUGAGCAGUACAGUCUUCUCACGCUGCUCCAUGUUUUCCAUCCAACAUUACAGAAGGUCACAGCAGAGAAGCUGGCUGUCUGUAAAGUUCUAUUCAUCUUUGACGGCCUGGAUGAAAGCAGACUUUCACUGGAUUUCAACAACAGGAAGGUUGUGUCUGACGUCACACAGAAGUCAUCAGUCAACGAGCUGCUGACAAACCUCAUCCAGGGGAAUCUGCUUCCCUCGGCUCUGGUCUGGAUAACUUCCAGACCUGCAGCGGCUAAUCAGAUCCCUCCUUCAUGUGUUGACAGGGUAACAGAAGUACGAGGCUUCACUGACCCACAGAAGGAGGAGUACUUCAGGAGGAGAUCCAGUGAUGAAGAGCUGUCCAACAGAACCAUCUCACACAUCAAGACCUCCAGGAGCCUCCACAUCAUGUGUCAAAUCCCAGUCUUCUGCUGGAUCACUGCUACAGUUCUGGAGCACAUGUUGACUACAGAGCAGAGAGGAGAGCUGCCCAAGACCAUGACUGACCUGUACUCACACUUCCUGCUGGUUCAGACAAAGAGGAAGAAGAACAAGUACCAUGAGGGACAUGAGACGAGUCCACAGGAGCUGACGGAGGCUGACAGGGAAGUUCUUCUGAAGCUGGGGAGGCUGGCGUUUGAACAUCUGGAGAAAGGAAACAUCAUGUUCUACCAAGAAGACCUGGAGCAGUGUGGUCUUGAUGUGACAGAGGCCUUGGUGUACUCAGGAGUUUGUACAGAGAUCUUCAAAAGAGAGAGUGUAAUCUUCCAGAAAACAGUCUACUGCUUUGUUCAUCUAAGCGUUCAGGAGUUUCUGGCUGCAGUCUACAUGUUCCACUGUUUCACCAACAGGAACACACAGGUACUGAAGAAGUUCCUGGGUGAAGAACAUGUUGAUUCAAACCUGGAUGACUUCUUGAGUGCAGUCAUGUAUAAAUCCCUUGAAAGUAAAAAUGGCCACCUGGACCUGUUUGUUCGCUUCCUUCAUGGCCUCUCUCUGGAGUCCAACCAGAGAGUCUUAGGAGGCCUGCUGGGUCAGACAGAGAACAGUCCAGAAGUCAUCCAGAGAGCCAUUAACAACUUGAAGGAAAUGAACAUGUAUUAUACAUCUCCUGAUAGAAGUAUCAACAUCUUCCACUGUCUGAUGGAGAUGAACGACCACUCAGUCCAUCAGGAGAUCCAAGAGUUCCUGAAGUCAGAGAACAGAUCAGAGCAGAGACUCUCUGAGAUCCAGUGCUCAGCUCUGGCCUACAUGCUGCAGAUGUCAGAGGAGGUUCUGGAUGAGUUGGACCUGUCGGAGUAUAAUACAUCAGGGGAGGGACGACGGAGACUGAUCCCAGCUGUGAGGAACUGUAGAAAGGCUCGACUUAUUCGCUGUCGACUCUCAGAGGCUGACUGUGAAGUUGUGGCCUCAGCUCUGAGCUCCAACCCCUCCCAUCUGAGAGAACUGGACCUGAGUAACAACGACUACAUGAAAGAUUCAGGGGUGAAGAUACUGUCCACUGGAUUGGAGAGUCCAAACUGUAGAUUGGAGACUCUGAGGUUGAGUUUCUGCGAAUUGUCAGGGAUCAGCUGUUCUUCUCUGGUCUCAGCUCUGAAGUCCAACCCCUCCCAUCUGAGAGACCUGGACCUGGGUCUCAAUAGGCAUCAGGAUUCAGGAGUGAAGAAGCUGUGUGGUUUUCUGCAGAGUCCAGACUGUAGACUGGAGACUCUGAGAUUGAGCAACCGCAGUUUGUCAGAGAUCAGCUGUUCUUCUCUGGUCUCAGCUCUGACGUCCAACCCCUCCCAUCUGAGAGAACUGCAGCUGAGUGAAAACCAGCUGAAGGAUUCAGGAGUGAAGAAGCUCUGUGGUUUUCUGCAGAGUCCAGACUGUAGACUGGAGACUCUGAGGUUGAAGAACUGCAGGUUGUCAGAGAUCAGCUGUUCUUCUCUGGUCUCAGCUCUGAAGUCCAACCCCUCCCAUCUGAGAGAACUGGACCUGAGUGACAAUGACCUGAAGGAUUCAGGAGUGAAGGAGCUGUGUGGUUUUCUGCAGAGUCCAGACUGUAGACUGGAGACUCUGAGACUGUGGGGCUGCAAUGUGUCAGAGAUCAGCUGUUCUUCUCUGGUCCCAGCUCUGAAGUCCAACCCCUCCCAUCUGAGAGAUCUGGACCUGGGUGAAAACAGCCUGCAGGAUUCAGGAGUGAAGGAGCUGUGUGGUUUUCUGCAGAGUCCAGACUGUAGACUGGAGACUCUGGGGUUGGAGAACUGUGGUUUGUCAGAGAUCAGCUGUUCUUCUCUGGCAUCAGCUCUGAAGUCCAACCCCUCCCAUCUGAGAGAACUGGACUUGAGUGACAACAAAAACCUGCAGGAUUCAGGAGUGAAGGAGCUGUGUGGGUUUCUGGAGAGUCCAGACUGUAGACUGGAGACUCUGAGAGUCAGAGGAAGGGUGUUUAAAGCUUCCAGAGUCAAAACAUGUGAUCCUGACAUCAGACUGGACCCAAACACCGCAGACACAGAGUUGGGUGCAUCUGUGGAUGACACAAAGAAGCUGGUUGUAUCUGAGGACAAUGCAAAGAAGUUGGAUGCAUAUGAAGAUGAUGCAAAGCUGAUGGAGCCUCCAUCAAACUUCACACCUGACCAGCAAAUUGAAUCUACACAAGUCUCAUACAGGUUCAGGUGUCCUGGUCCAGGUGGGUUCCAGUGUACUUCAACUAGAUUGGUGUUUGUUGUGGCUCUGGAGGCGCAGCUCUUCUACAGGACUGUCCAAUGGGAUGAGAGCCAACUCCAAUCAGCUGGAAAGAUGGCUGCAGGGCCUCUGUUUGAUAUCCAGUGUCCUGAGGAUGCUGUCAGUGAGCUCCACCUCCCACACUGUGAAACAAAGGAUGCGCUGCAGGUUGAAGGCCUGCUGUCUGUCGUCCACAAGACUGAUGAUGGAACAGAAAUCUUGGAGCCAUUGGAGAUCACAGAGACUCAUGUGGUUGUGAAGGUUCCUCACCUCUCUGCCUUUGGGCUGGUCAGAGAUACAGUUAAAUGGUUACUGAGAAUGCCAGUAAACUGCAAUGUUCUGCCUUUCCUUCGACCUCCAGUUAGAGGGCCUCCAACACUCGAUGUACUUCUGCUGCCAAACAAUGUCCCUCUGCCAGAGGUUGAGGCCCAACGAAGAGGUGCUGAAUACAUGGACGUCACCCCUUCCUGUAAACUGUGCAUUGGUCAAAGUUACAGUGUCCACUGUGAACCUGAGGACUUAGAAAUACAGCCUAAGCAUGCAGAGUUUCUCCCAAAUUAUGGACCAAAUUACCUUCCAACAUUUAAGGUAUUUCUGACCUCAAACCCAGAGGAAGUGACUUUGAUGGUCCAAGACCAAGAGAGGACAGAAGUCUGGAAAUCUAAAAUCUAUUUGACAGGUCCUGAUCUAGCAGGGAUUCUGAGUGUCCCAGCAGGGACUCUGAGUGUCCCACCAGAAAAGAAGCUGAAGUCUGUUCGGACUCAGUUUAUCAGCAGAGUGUCUGAACCUGUUCUACGUAAGCUGCUGGAUAAACUCCUGGAGCGUGGGGUGAUAACUGAUGAUGAGAUGGAUUUAGCUGGAACAGCGAGCAGGGCAGACAAAGCUCGAGCGGUGAUCGACACGAUGAGAAGAAAAGGAUCAGAGGCCAGUUCAGCUCUGAUCUCUGUUCUCUGUGAGGAGGAUCGAUGCCUUUCAACAGAACUGAACUUAACGUGAAGCAGGAACAGUGUUUAUCAGGCUGUUUCUGUCUGACACCAACACAUCUGGUAGAAACCUUCAAACUCUCUAAACAUGAAUCAGAGUCACCUGCACUGUAUAGGGGUGGGAAUCUCAGGGCACCCCACGAUUUGAUUCGAUAUGAUUGUGAUUUAGAAGGCUGCAGUGCCAUGAUCUUUUAAAAUCAGUAUGUUCGCAUACUCUCAAAAUCCUACAUUUACAUUUACAUUUUUAAUCAGAUACUGUGUUUGAUGUUUUGUCAGUUCUUGUACCCUCAUCCUGAAGGAGCUAUUCUUCAUUCACAUGUAUUUUAAUGUCUCCUCCUCCGGAGGCAUUAUGUUUUCAGGUUGUUCGUCCCAUUCUCAUGAAUGCAAUAUCUCAGUAACACAUUGCGAGUUUCUUCAAAUUAGUUACACACAUUCAUUGGACUCAAAGAUUAACUCACUAGAAAUUGAUGGUCAACAUCACUCUGACUGCACAAAACACGUUUUUGACCAUAACUCAAGAAUUCACACACAAAUGAACUGUAGGUGGACUGGUUGGUGGAGGACUGACUACUUUACAAGACAUGGAGGCUGCAUUUGUUUUCUAUUUAAAUAUAAAUUUUGAAUGAAUUAAUUCCACAUUAGCAAUCAAAACAGGUUUUCCUACAAGAGACCAAUGUAGUAUUUUUAUAUAUACUUUGAGUAAUACGUAUGUGUUACUUUCUGCUCAUCAGCUAGAAUUUUAGGGUUUAUUUUAGGGUUUAGUUUUUCAUCCCUGGGAAAAGAUCUGUUGAUGGUCAUAUUGACAUUAUACCUGCAGUGUUAUGUAAAAGACUGAGGCUGUAAACAGCAACAGUUAAACUAAAUUCACUGGCUAUUUCCUAGGUGUCUUCUUUGGAAACCAGUCUUUAUUGUAUAAUCUCUAACUACUGCCUCUGAUUUGAAUUAUUCCUAUUUUUAAUACUGUUUUUAUAGAACAUUUUAUCCUACUGAUGUAAAUUUAAUGUCUGUGAAAGGUGCUAUAGAAAUAAACUUUACUUUAUCGUGGUGAA